AUGGCAGAUAGCACAACCUCUGCACGUGCCGCAAAAGAUGACGCCGCUAUUCAGCGUCGCUCGCAGGCUGUUGCCGUUCAAAUCGAGGAGCAGCAAGGAUGGCUGGAGCGGAAGUUGAAGCCGAAGAAGAUUACCGCCAGGUACCCCUUCAAGGGCACUGCGCUGUUGUAUACGACCUGUGCAUUUGGUAGUUUGGGAGAUGGCCUGUUCGGUUACAAUUCCGGUAUCAUGUCGGGCCUUCUGGUCAACCCGGUUUUUGUGUCUCGCUUCUUCAAAGACUAUGGCGGUGCAGACGGGACGACCACCGCGGUUGACCCAUCCAUUACCGGUAUAUCCGUUGCAUGCCUACAAGCGUCAGCAGCCCUCGGUUCCCUCAUUGCAGGACGACUCGGCGACAUCAUCGGACGGAAGAGGUGCGUCCGCCUCGGCGGGUUUAUCUACUUCUUCAGCGCAUUCAUCCAGAUGUUUGCUCCAGACUUUGCCACCUUCAUCGCGGGCCGCACAAUCCAAGGUCUGGGAGUCGGCUUCCUCUCCAUGACCGUACCUAUUAUCCAAGCUGAGAUUGCAGCUCCGCAUCGCCGUGGUCUGAUGGUAGGAAUCGAGUACACGACCUUGAUUGCCGGAUAUAUGCUCUCGUGCUGGGUGGACUAUGGCUUUCAUUUCAUGCUGCCGAGUGAAAUGUCAUGGCAGGGUCCGUUCAUUGUCCAGAUUGUUCUCUCUUUUAUCCUGUUGGCCAUGUCGCUUUUCCUGCCGGAGACUCCUCGUUGGCUGGCGAAGAAUGGCUUCAUGAAGGAGAGUUUGCAGACGGUUGCCGACUUGCAUUCCAAUGGAAAUACGGAGGCCGAGCAUGUGCAGCUUGUUUUCCGCGAGAUUCAGGAAGCGGUUAUCUAUGAGACGAAUCUUGGAAAGUCUACUUGGACGGAAAUGUUCACUCGGUACCGCAAGCGAACCAUUGUCGGCAUUACAGUGCAGAUGUUCGCCCAGCUCAACGGAAUCAACAUCAUCUCCUUUUACCUUCCCAGUACCCUUGCUUCUGCUGGUUUCGACAACGAGAAGUCUCUUUUGUAUACCGCUGCCAACGCCGUUCCGUACACAGCUGCAACGAUUGUUACUUGGUGGUUGGCAGAUAGAUGGGGGCGCAAGCCCCUGCUUAUCCUAGGAGGCAUCGGCAUGGCCAUCCUCCUCGGGAUAGUCUGCGCCUUCACGCAAGCAAACCUCGACAUCCACACAAAAGCCAACGGCCAAUACGCCUUCGUCAUGCUUUACAACAUCAUGUACGGCUUCACCUGGGGCCCAAUGCCCUGGCUGCUCCCCGCCGAGAUCUUCCCACUCCGCGGCCGCUCCAAGGGGAUGGCGCUCGCGACGACGAGUAACUGGAUCUUCAACUUUAUCAUCGGGAUGGUCUCGCCCGAUGCGUUUGCGGGGAUCCACGGGUACUUUUAUCUCGUUAUUGCUGGAUUUUGUUUGUUUUCGGCGGGGUUGGUGUACUUUUAUUAUGUGGAAACUGCGGGGCAUACGCUGGAGGAGAUUGCGGUGCUUUUUGGGGAUCAGGCGUUUGCGGAUGAGGAGGGGGUUGCAGAGGCGGAGGUCAAGGUGCAGGAGGUCAGGAGGGAUGAUGGGAAGGAAGUUGCUUGA